AUGGAGAGAAGACUACAAGGCACUCGGUUGGGCGUAGUCGCUGUCAUGUGCUAUCACCAAGUGAUUAGACGUUUUCGUUAUGGCGGCGAAAUUCUGGGCCAUGGCAUGCUCAAAUGUUUUGACAUUUCCUCAUGCACCUUCUUCUCUGACAAGCUCUACGAGACAUGGCCACUGCAGUUCCUGUCUCAGCGUCCCUCUUUCGUGGCUGAGAAGCAAAAAAGGCUUUUUUAUAGGGCAAGCAAUUAUCUGACUGGCGGUCUGAAAGGCUAUUAG